CUCAGACUGGCUUGCAAUAUCAGUGUUCCUGCUGCCACUCUAAACAGCAGCAAAGGAGAAUUAUAAUAAAGAUGAAAAUUCACAUCCAUCCGACUGAGAUGCUAACCUGCUUUACAGAGUGAACAAAACAGUUGUGGAUCUCAAAUACUGAAAAGAAAGACAGCCACAGGAUUAUUUGAUUUUGUCUGAGAUCAAAUUGUGCGUCAUCAGUUACACAAACUAUCCUGCAUUUGGCACAUGAAGUGGAUCCACAGAGGUGAACAGUUGGUUUUCAGUUUUUGGCAGGUACCUUUAACUCCUUAAUUUAAUGAUCUGUCGGUGUUCCGAGCAGUCGGUCUUCAGGAGUUUCAGGUUUUUUGUCUCAGUCUUUUGAACGUUGGAUACAUUGUUUGAAGAGAAGAUUUCCAGCCGUGAGGAUUUUAUGAGUCUUGAUGUGGAUUAAAGCAGAGUCUAGAUCUUCAAAUAUCCUGGUACCAUCUGGAAGGAAAAUCUUGAGCCUUGCCAGGAAGAGAAGUUAGACUUGAAAAUCCUGCUCUACUUAUAUGGGAACAUUCAGUAGCUUUGGUACAGAUGCAAUAUUAGAUCAGGAUCUCAGAUUCCUACUAGACCAGGAAACAGAGCACAACGACACAAACAGAAUGAGUCUCCAUUUUGAUGGGGAACAUUAAAAAGCAACAAGCUCUCAUAUGGCAAAACCAGAUCUUAGGAUGGAGACCCUUUACUUGACAGACAACAUAAAUGCUUCCACAUGGUUAACAGUAAAGAAGGAAACAAUCUCCAUGAGUUCAACCUCCAUCAGUCUAUUUCUCCAGGUUUUCAAGAUGUGAUGACUUCUGCCUUGUUGGAGUACAACAGAGGUAAUAAACUAGUGAAUGAGGGCAGACAGAAAAGCAUUGAGUCAAUGGAGGGCACACCAACCAAGAGGUCAGAAUCUACAGAUUCCAAAAAUGACUCCAAAGCUAUCACUAAUGGAGAUAAACAACCACAGAUAUUAAAAGGUUCAGAGGACCUGAAAGAGGGAAGCAAAAAAGGUGAAGUGAAAUCUCUAAGUAGCAGAGAUGUACCUGAAGGGCUACUUAAUGAUACUCAGAAAGCAAGCACCACUGCAACCUGCCUUAAAGCAAAGGAGGAAAACAAGAUUUCACACGAACCGAAUACUAAGGAGCAUCGGCAUGCAGUUUCAGAGACACAAAGAAAAACUCCGCAAUCACCGGAAACAAGAUGUCUUUCCUGUGGCAAACUGAAAACGACCUCACUGCUUGAUACUGCUACAAAUACUGCAGGACUCACUAAGGAAAUACAUCAAGAGAAUGUGAAUCUUGAAAAGUCAUAUCUUGGUACUAAAAUAAAAUCUGACAUUUCAGAAGCUGAGCAAGUACACUGCAACUGCCAUGGACCAAAGGCAUCAGGUGAAGAUGUAAUGAUGCAGUUGAAUCCAGACGUGCGAGAUUUGGUAGAAGACAGCAAAAUGUUUUCGGAACAGGGUAGAGAUCCAUACAAUCAUCAUGAACAGCAUUUAAGAAAAGAAAAGCUAUCAAGCGAACCUGCAGUAGACUCUGGAGCUGCAGAUUUGCAUGAUAAUGUCAAUAAUACUGAAAAGGAUAAAGAAACAAUGGAGAAUAGUGAUGCAGCAUGCUUUCCUGCUGAAGAAAAAUCACAUCUGACAGACACAAAGGAUAUCCCUCAAGGCCCUUGUCAUGAAAUACUGAAGGCAAAGCCUGGCUCAAAAGCAGUAAAUCAGAUCAAUGGAAAUGAGUUAGUUUCUCAUCAGUGGGAUAAAGACAUUCAGCAGACACAAAGAAAACAGAAAAUAAUGGCGUCAGAAGUACCAUUGUCAGGCCAAACAAAAAAUAAGAAUCCGGAAGAAAAAGAUGUUUUAAAAAGAAAUGACAUCACAACUGAAUCAGAUGGGCAGAAAGAAAAAGUUAAAAGAGACACUAAAGUGACUUAUAAAUCAGUUGCCAGCAGUCCCAUUGUGCCACUAGAAGGUUCCUCGUGCUUCAGCUUUGCUUUAGAAAAAGGUGCAGCCUCAUUACAAAGCCCAUUAUUCAAACGUACAAGACAGGGGCAAGUGACUUACAGAUCUGUAGCCAACAGUCCAAUAGUACUUAAAGAAGGAUCUGCAGCCUUUAGCUUUGCGUCUGAGCAAGAAGCCUCUUUGAGAAGUCCUACAUAUAAAUUCAAAAGACAGGAAGGAGACAUGCAUCCUGGUGGCAAGGUAACUUACAGAUCAGUGGCCAACAGUCCCAUUGUACCUGCAGAUGGAUCUCUGGGCUUUAGCUUUUUUAAAGAUCAAGGUGCGUCAGCCUUAGAUAGUCCUCCACGUAAGACCAAGAAAAGCUAUGUAUCAGUAGCAGUUAGUCCUAUUGUACCUUCUGAAGGAUCAGAAGCCUUCCCCUUUGCUUCAGAACAACAUGCUGCUUCCAUAAAAAGUCCUACAUGGAACCCAACAAGGCAGGAUGGCUCAAUGGUCAGUUAUGUAUCAGUUGCUGUUAGCCCUAUAGUACCCCCAGAAGGAUCUGUGGCAUUUUAUUAUGCCUCUGUGAAGCAAGAUAUUGCAACACAAACUAUAAAUGACAGUAUCAGCUGCCGAUCUGUGGCAAUUAGUCCUAUACUUCCACCUGAAGGCACUGCUGCUUUUAGCUUUGCAACAGAUCGAGAUACUUCCUCCUUGAAAAGCCCCACAUGGAAUCCAGCUAGGCAGGAAAGUGAUAUCAGAAGUGGAAAUAAAUUAAGUUAUGUGUCUGUGGCUGUCAGUCCUAUAGUGUCUUCAGAUGGGACUGUAGCUUUCAGCUUUGCAUCUGGAAAACAAGAUGAAGCAGUAAAACAAGAUGCAGAAACACAAACAUCAGUUGAUCAUGUGAACUUUGUGUCUGUGGCAGUCAGUCCCAUAGUACUUACAGAUGGUACUGCAGCCUUCAGAUUUGCAUCAGAUCAUGAGACCUCCACAUUAAAAAGUCCUUCAUAUAAAGGACAGACUCAGAGUAACAAGGUCGAUUAUGUAUCAGUUGCCCUUAGUCCCAUAGUAAUACAAGAUGGAUCAGAAACAUUUGAGUUUGCAUCUGAAGACGUAUCCUCUUUAAAAAGCCCCACCAUUCAGGUCACAAAGCCUGAAGAAGAUACUCAAAGUGGCUCUAAGGUGAUCGGUGUCUCAGUUGCAAGUAGUCCCAUUGUAUUCUCAGGGGGAUCAGAAACCUUUGACUUUGCCUCAGAGAGUAAAGAAUACUUGAAAAGUGCCACAGAUGCAACAAGGCAAAAGCAAGAUGCACCACUUGACAGCAAAGUGAAUUUUGUUUCAGUGGCUAACAGUCCCAUAGUGCCCCCAGAAGGGUAUGAAACAUUUGACUUUUCAUCAAACCAGGUGGAAUCACGUUUAACAAGUCCUACCAUUAAGGUGACAAGACAUAACAAUUUUCAAAGUGGCAACAAGGUGACCUAUGUAUCAGUGGCUAACAGCCCUAUAGUGCCACCAGGAGGGUAUACAACUUUUGACUUUGCUUCAAGUCAAAAGGAAUCAGUUGAUAAAAGUUCCACAAUUAAAAAUGCAAGGCAGGAUGGAAGUGUGGAAAACAGCAUUGCAAAGAGUUAUGUAUCUGUAGCUGUAAGCCCAAUGAUACCCCCAGAAGGUUCUGAAGCUUUUAAAUUUUCCUCACGGGAAGAAUCAUCCAACUUGACAAGUCCUAAAAUCAAGGUUACAAGGCAUGAUGAUGCUGAACAUGUUACUUUGGUAUCUGUAGCUGUCAGCCCUAUAGUGCCUCCAGGAGGGUCUGACACAUUUCAGUUUUCCUCAGAUGAGGGAAUGUCAUCCUUAAAAAGUCCUAUCUAUAAAGUGUUUAGACAUGGAGAAACAAAAAGUGAUUCCAAAGUAACAUGUGUUUCUGUGGCUAGCAGUCCCAUAGUGCCACCAGGAAUGUCAGAUACCUUCAGCUUUGCUUCAGAUUCAGAGACUGCCUCUCUAUUAAGUCCGAAAAUCAAGAUCACAAGACAUGAUGAUUCUGACGAAGGAAGCAAAAUAAACUAUGUUUCUAUUGCUGUCAGUCCCAUAGUGCCGCCAGAUGAAUCUGGAACAUUUAAAUUUGCCUCUGAGAGUCAAAAGGAACCCCAAAAACAAGAUGCAUCCACUCAGACCAUAAUCGAUUUCAGUGUGAGCUCUAUCUCGGUGGCUGUUAGUCCCAUAAUUCCUCCUGAAGGACAAGUGGCGUUCAACUUCCUCUCAGAAGCUGCAAAGCAAGAACUUCCCUCCUUAAACAGUUCAAGACUGACAUAUAAAUGUGAAAAAAAGGACGUGGAGCUUCAGGUAUCCAUUCAUGCAGAGACUAGAUCUGUCGCAACAGAUCCCAUGACACCAAUGGGAAAAUCUUCACGAUCAUCAUACCCUGAAGUCCGUGUAAAAGCAACAGUGGAAGAGCAACCUGAACCUGUACGUGAGGUAAGUUGGGAUGAGAAAGGAAUGACCUGGGAAGUCUAUGGAGCAUCCAUGGAAGUGGAAGUCCUAGGAUUGGCCAUACAGAAGCACUUAGAAAAGCAAAUUGAGGAACAUGGCAAGCAGAAAGUGACAGUCCUUCCAAAUCCCAGAACAAGUUCUAUAAAAGGGGUUAAAGGGAAGGGUGAACGGAAAAGGCAACCCAAUGUUUUCCGAGCAUUUCUUCAAAAUAUGAGACGACCACAAUGUUGUUCCAGGGGCAGUGCAGCCACUGAGUAAAUUAAGUAUGUCACUUAUGGAAGAACAGUGAAGACAAGGUCUAUGUAUUUUCAGACAUGCAAACUUCCUUGUCACUGCCAUCUGUUCUUUUUUUUUCUAUCACCAGACCAAUUAAAAGUCAAAAUGUUCCAGAAGUUUUUAAAUACUGAAGUAUCUAUUUUAAAAUUAAAAUCCUGUAGUUUUGCUUAUGUAUUUGGAAAUGAAAAUAGAAAAAAAAAAAGAAAUCUUAAUUUGUUUUCCACCAGAAGAGAGUAUUUGUUACUGGACGUAGCUUAAAAUUGGAGACCACUCUAAAAUUUGACUCAUCCUACCUUCUUGCGUUGUCUACUUGAAUUUGCCAAUAUGGUAAGCUGUAGGAAGAAAUGCAAAACAGUGGUAACCUAAUAUCAUCAUUUCACCUACACUUGUUAUGCUAGCUGCAGUUAAGUCCAAUAUAAUAAUUAUAAGAUAGCUGGAAUUGCAUUUUGAAUGCAAAAGUUGGAGUCUUAUAGUGUGUGUUGCCUUUGUCAUUUAUUAGUAAUAUGGCCUUUGCUUCCAGUUAAAGUUCAUAAUAAACAGAGGCCAAGCAGAGAGUAUUGUAGACUAGACAUCAUUGAAUGUAUCUUUUCUGAUACAGAUGCUCUUUUCUCCUGAUAUAUUUCUGUCCUUUCACAUUUGUCUUCACGUCAGUAAUUUUCAGGCAUGAAAACAGAACUAGCAAAGCAGAGCAAUGUCUAAUACUACAUAAGACUUCUUAGCUGUGCCAGUAAUUACCUUUGCCCAUCUCCUGGUUAGUAGGUGACAAGUACCUUACAGCAGCUUCUCCAUAUCUCUGGUCAUGGCUGCAGACUCCUUUUGUAUGCCAGGGAAAACAAAAUGGUUAAAAAAGGUAAAGAGAGUUCUGGAAAUCAAACAUUUUAUUUUAGAAUCAAGCUUGAAGAGUUCACUGCAUCAAUACAUGAAGAAUGUUCAUUUUUUCCACCUAAUUGCAGUUUGUCUGAGGGAAAGGUGACCAUUCCCACUGUCCUGAGAACAGGAUUUGGUUCAAAUUUAUUAUACAACGAUAUGUGGCCUUUAGACUACAACAAAUCAUAACAUCUGAAGAUCAUGUGACUGAUUUUCAACUUACCAUCAUUCAUAAGACGUUAUCAAGUAGUACUACAGCUCCUGUUAUCUUUAAUGGAGACAUGGAGACAGGCCCUUAUCUUAAACUUUAAUCAGUGUUACUAACUUGUAUUAAAAAGGAAAGAUAGCAACAAAGAAGUUAUGAUUCUUGUGUCAUAAUUAAGCAAUAUUCCAUGAUUGUAUGUGGAUUUAUCAGGAUAGACCCACAGUUGGCUUGGUUCAGUCAUGAGGGUGAAGCCCUAGUGAUUAAACAUAGCCAUCCGUGGGUAUGUUCUGAUAUACCCACAAACAUGCACAAUGACAUUAUUUAAGAAAGAAAUUGCUUACCUUUCUUAAAUAAAUGUUUUUGUAUAAUGGCACUUUGGUCUUCUUCCCCAUUGUCAUCAGUAGGCUGAUGUACCGCACAUGUAUAACACACGUGCAUUGCCACACUUAUAGAGUGCAUUAGUGCUGUACAGGAGAAGCGAAGGAGAAAAGAAAAUCUAUGUUACUGUUUUUUUUAAUGUUUAAAAAGAUUGAGGAAACAUGAGAGACAGAGCAGAAAUACAUGGAAAAUCUGGUAUGUUUCUGUUCCUAUAGUUUUAAAGAAUAUCCCAAUUUUUUCUCCCCUUUUGCUGUCCCCCAGUAUAUACCAAUAGAAAGUCUGGCUGCUCAGUGGUACUUCAGCAGCCAGAUGUUUUCUUAUUUAUGUAUGUUUGAUGUACAAUACACAAGCUGGUUGGGCUUUUCAAUCAUCAUGCUCACUUUUGAAUAGUAAUGAGUGUUUAUUGUAGAAUGU